GGUCACCGUGGAACCUUGUAUCCCAGUUUUGCAGAACUCUGAUAUCUGUGGGUGCUAACAUGGACUUCAUUUAAAGAAAUCCACGGACCAUUAAUGGACAAAAACAUGAAUCAGUUUGUGUUUUGGCAUUCAAAUCCUAGUACUUUGGGAAAGGUUCUGAAGCCCCCUCUUACAUCGGAACUCUGUUCUAAUGAUCCUCUGAGUAUCAUCUCAGGACCUUGGACACACUCAUGGCACGAUGGCCAACCCUCAGGAGCACCUGAGCUGUUCCUCUUCCCCACACUUACCUUUGAGUGAAAACAAAACCUUCGGUGGACUACAAGAUGUCAUCACACCUAUGGGAAGCCACCCUUCACCCAAGCCUCUUAAGGACCAGCAGGAAAAGGGGGCAGUGCAAACAGAGCUAACUGAGGGCAUCAACAGCCCCAUCACCACAACAGUGUUGACGAGUGUAAGUGAGGAUUCCAGGGACCAGUUUGAGAAUAGCGUUCUUCAGCUAAGGGAACAAGAUGAAUCAGAGAUGGCUGUGUCUCACGGGAACAGCAACACUGUGAAUGGAGAGGGCACAAGUGGAACUGAAGACAUCAAGAUUCAGUUCAGCAGGUCGGGCAGCAGCAGUGGUGGGUUUCUUGAAGGACUAUUUGGAUGCUUAAGGCCUGUAUGGAAUAUCAUUGGGAAGGCAUAUUCCACUGAUUACAAAUUGCAGCAGCAAGAUACUUGGGAAGUGCCAUUUGAGGAGAUCUCAGAGCUGCAGUGGCUGGGUAGUGGAGCCCAGGGAGCUGUCUUCCUGGGCAAGUUCCGAGCGGAGGAGGUGGCCAUCAAGAAAGUGAGAGAACAAAAUGAGACGGAUAUCAAGCAUUUGAGGAAGUUGAAGCACCCUAACAUCAUCGCUUUCAAGGGUGUUUGUACCCAGGCCCCAUGUUACUGUAUCAUCAUGGAAUACUGUGCCCACGGACAACUUUAUGAGGUUUUGCGAGCUGGCAGGAAGAUCACACCUCGAUUGCUAGUAGACUGGUCCACGGGAAUUGCAAGUGGAAUGAAUUAUUUGCACCUCCAUAAAAUUAUUCAUCGUGACCUCAAAUCACCCAAUGUUUUAGUAACUCACACAGACGCAGUAAAAAUUUCAGAUUUUGGUACAUCUAAGGAGCUCAGUGAUAAAAGUACCAAGAUGUCCUUCGCUGGCACAGUCGCAUGGAUGGCCCCAGAGGUGAUACGGAAUGAACCUGUCUCUGAGAAAGUCGACAUAUGGUCUUUUGGAGUGGUGCUUUGGGAGCUGCUAACAGGAGAGAUCCCAUACAAAGAUGUAGACUCUUCAGCCAUUAUUUGGGGUGUUGGAAGCAAUAGCCUACACCUUCCAGUUCCUUCCACUUGCCCUGAUGGAUUCAAAAUCCUUAUGAAGCAGACAUGGCAAAGUAAACCUCGCAACCGACCUUCUUUUCGGCAGACACUCAUGCAUUUAGACAUCGCAUCUGCAGAUGUACUUGCCACCCCGCAGGAAACUUACUUCAAGUCUCAGGCUGAAUGGAGAGAAGAAGUGAAAAAACACUUUGAGAAGAUCAAGAGUGAAGGAACUUGUAUCCACCGAUUAGAUGAAGAACUGAUUCGAAGGCGCAGAGAAGAGCUCAGGCAUGCUUUGGAUAUUCGUGAGCACUACGAGAGAAAGCUUGAGCGGGCUAAUAAUUUAUAUAUGGAAUUGAGUGCCAUCAUGCUGCAGCUGGAAAUGCGGGAGAAGGAGCUCAUCAAGCGUGAACAAGCAGUGGAGAAGAAGUAUCCUGGGACCUACAAACGACAUCCUGUCCGUCCAAUAAUCCACUCUAAUGCCAUGGAGAAACUCAUGAAGAGGAAAGGUGUGCCUCACAGACCUGGGAUGCAGGCCAAGCGGCCAGAUCUGUUGCGAUCUGAAGGUAUCCCCAGCGUGGAAGUGGCUCCCACUGCAUCCCCUUUGUCCGGAAGUCCCAAAAUGUCCACCUCCAGCAGCAAGAGCCGACAUCGGAGCAAACCACGCCACCGCCGCGGGGGUAGCCGAGGCAGCCACAGUGACUUUGUGGCGAUCUUGAAAAACCAGCCAGCCCAGGAAAAUUCACCCCAUCCCACUUCCCUGCACCCAGCUCAGUCCCAGUACCCUUCUCCCCAUCACCAUAAUCCUCUGCAGCAGCAAUACCAGCAGCCCUCUCCUGCCACGUCUCAGAGUCACCAUCCCAGACUCAGUGUGCACGGACAGGACAUUGCAACCUGCGCCAACAACCUGAGGUACUUUGGCCCCGCGGCAGCCCUGCGGAGCCCACUCAGCAACCAUGCUCAAAGACAGAUGCCUGGCUCCAGCCCUGACCUCAUCUCCACGGCCGUGGCAGCAGAUUGCUGGAGAAGUUCUGAGCCUGACAAGGGCCAGGCUGGCCCCUGGGGCUGUUGUCAGGCAGACCCCUAUGACCCCUGCCUCCAGUGCAGGCCAGGACAGCACGGGUCCUUAGACAUCCACUCUGCUGAGCCGGUGGGGAGGAGCCCCAACCUUUCCAAGCCACCAGCACACAAUCCCCUCUCGGAAAACGCCCAAGGUUCUGAGAAAAUGGAAGGAAGUGAAUUCGGCAGCUGUCAGUCUGCAUCAUCCCUUGGCACCUCUCAUCACACCACCCCCCCAGUGCUACCUCGAAAAGCAAGACCCCUUCAGAAGAGUGGAGAUGACUCCUCUGAAGAGGAAGAAGGGGAAGUAGAUAGUGAAGUUGAAUUUCCACGAAGACAGAGGCCCCAUCGCUGCAUCAGCAGCUGCCAGUCAUAUUCAACCUUUAGCUCUGAGAAUUUCUCUGUGUCUGACGGAGAGGAAGGAAAUACCAGUGACCACUCAAACAGCCCUGAUGAGUUAGCAGACAAACUUGAAGACCGCCUGGCAGAGAAGCUAGAUGACCUGCUGGCCCAGACGCCGGAGAUCCCCAUUGAGAUAUCCUCGCAUUCGGAUGGGCUCUCCGACAAGGAGUGUGCUGUGCGCCGCGUGAAGACGCAGAUGUCUCUGGGCAAGCUGUGCGCAGAGGAACGUGGCUAUGAGAAUCCUAUGCAGUUUGAAGAAUCGGACUGUGACUCUUCAGAUGGGGAGUGUUCUGAUGCCACCGUUAGGACCAAUAAACACUACAGCUCUGCGACUUGGUAGUGGAAGAAUACGCACCCUGAAGAUCUCAUAACUAAACUGGCAUUUCAGAUCCAUCCCACCCCCAGACUCUUCUCACUCUCUCCCUGCUUUUUUGUCUGGGAUGAGAGCGGCCCCAUUUUUCUUACCCCUAGAAAUGAGUUGCAAUAACAGGAACAUGAGACUUCGCAAAUCUCUGGAAAAAAAUAUCCAAAUGAAAUUAAGUCUCACCGAACAUUUCAAUCAAGAAUGGCAGGGAUCUAUUUUAUUGAAUAUUCUAGCUACUGUAACAUUGAUAUUUAUUUUUGUUUGACAUUUUAACACUUUGUACUGUAAAGAGUGAACUAUAUAUGACAGAGAGAAAGACAAUAAUUUCUUGCAAAAAAAAAGAGAGAAAGGAGGAAAGAAAAGAAGUGGAAUUUAGGAGCACCAUCCUUGGGAAUUUGUGGGGCCAGGAGGUAUUAUUGCUACUUGAACAGGGGACCAGUUCUUUUGACCAUAAGUGACUGAAGAAGAGCCAGAGCAAGACAUACUCUGCUGUCAAGGACAGCAAAAGAAAAGCAAUCCCAGGUAACCUGUGAACAGACCACAUUAAAUUCAACCAGCUUGUCCAGUUGGGUGAUGGAAAAGACCUAGAAAAUUUUGGAGACCAGAUACUUGCACCCAAGGUCUUUGAGGGCAUGUGCUUCCUCUAGAAGGAAAAAGAAAACUGUGUACGUGGAAGCUGAUCUCAUUUUUAAAAUUUUAAGCAGUAUUUGGUAGUGAGACUUACAGAUAGUAUCCAACCUUGUCCUUGGCAAAUAUUCCGCUUUUUAAUGCUGUCAAUGUCAUUACCUUGGCAAGUGCAUUACCCUGACCAAUGUGUUGAUUUUUCAAACUCAAGUGCCAUUUUCCUGUAGCCUGUUUCCUUUCCAUCUAUUGACAACUUCUUUUAGGGAGAAAGGGGGCAGGGGAGGGAGAGCCUGAGGAGGAGAGAAGGAGAAGACAAAAAGAGAAUGCCCAACAACGCUGGAAAAGCAAAUGUGGAAUUUGUAAAAGGACAUUCUCAGAAUGUCUCAGUUCAACUACGUGCAGAAGAUGGGAUCACCCCUCCCUGGAACCAGGUUGCUUGUCUACUAGAGUUUAAUUGAUUUAAACAGAACAGUCCUUGAAGGCAGCUAAGAGGUGUAUGAGUGUGCCCAAUGUCCAGUUCCAAACCACCCCCCGCCCAAGUUUUAAUUUGUUAACUCAUUCUAUCCCAGAAGCUUUAGUGACUGGCUACCACUAUCAGAGUAAAGGCAAAAAUAAGCAGCUUGCAAAGGGCAACCCCUCCCUUACUACAAUAGCAUUUUUGUUAAAUGCUACUUGUAACAUAUACUUGGAUCAAUGUAGUUUUCAAUAAUUGGAUUUGGAAAUUCAUAGAAAGAACAACUGAUGCUAAGCAGAGAUUGGAAAGAUUUUAUAUCGUCCAAGGCAUGAGCUCCUUCCUGUCUCCAGGGUCACGGGCUCUGUGAAACAAACCAAGGUACUUCAUGGUGCCUCGGCUUUAAGGAAAUUUUUAUCUAGAAUUUUAUAUAAAAACAGAUGUUGGCCUAGUUCCUGUCUGUCUCCAAAAUCAGUUACUGCCAAACAACCUCUCUCAGCUCAAGACCUGGAGAGGGUGGCUAGACACUUUGAUGUUGCCUCAGACUGCACUUCAGGAGAGACUGACAUACACAGGUAUUAAACCAUUUCCAGUGCAGAUGAAGACAUCACCCUCCUCUGGGUGUCACUGAUUGCAUCGGCCAAAGGAAAAGGAAAGGAAAAGCAGGAGGGAACUUAGAGCAGUUCCUUUUGCUUGUUUGAUCCCUCCAUUUGUUUACACUUUAUGUUGAGACAUUGAUUUAAAAUUUAGUGUCUGCAAGUUAUAGCUCUUAGGUAGGAUGAAGGAAAAUGUUUAACUUAUACAGAAAGCAGUAUUGUUUCAUUAAAUUAUUCCAUUUUGUAUAAAUUCUGUAGCUGGACUACAUGAAAGAUCUUAAGUUAUGGCAUUAUUAUUGUUAUUUUAUUUUAUAAUAAUUAUUCUCAUUUUCUGUCGAUCAGAAGGUGUGGUUUAUGGUGUAGCACAAUGAUUGUGUUUAUUGCUAACCGUGAAUUACUAUGGAUUUUUAUGAAGGAAUGAAAAUGGAACUGCCAUUUGGGAGCUCCCUGGUAUUUGUCUUCGCUGUAUCCCCUCAUUUUCUGUGUACAACAACAAUCACCUGAGGAUGCGGGCACUGCCCUGAGGUCCAGUAGGUACGCUGUGAUUUUGACUUGAUCACAAAAGCUCCUAGGUAGGCACCAGAUGACUGAGUGGCAGACAGAGUUCAAAAGCUGUACCCAUUCUCAAGUUGCUUAAGAAAUAAAAUCAUGGAGCUACAUUAGAAGCACAAAGAGAAUUAUUUAAUGCCCUGAGAGGAGGAGGCCUACAGGGAAUCUGCCUGAGGCCUGUAGGGUAGAUAGUUUUGAGAACUGGCAACAUAGUUUGUAAUGUCCUUCCUGUGAAAUCCCAUAAAACCAACCUUUUUCUCCUAGUGGAGAGACUGAAAAAAGGAAAUAAAUAGAUGGCAUGACAAAAAAUGAUGUUAUCUCAUAGCAAGACUAGAGGAAUUCUAGAAUGAGGCUUAGUCUCUUAGUCACAGAGCUGGAAAAGUACCAUAUUUUUCAUCCUCUGACUUCAGACCACACCAUACUGUGAAUCUCUCUGGGUCAUUACUUCUGAGAACAGAGAGGCUACAACUAUGUGUCCUUUUUCAUUUUCUUUUUUUUAAUGUGGACCAUUUUUAAAGUCUUUAUUGAAUUUGUUACAAUAUUGCUUCUGUUCUAUGUUUUGGUGUUUUGGUCACAAGGCAUGUGGGAUCUUAGCUCCCCAACCAGGGAUUGAACCUGCACCCCCUGCAUUGGAAGGCGAAGUCUUAACCACUGGACUGCCAGGGAAGUCCCUCUUUGUCUUUCUGUCCAACAUAAAACACUGACCCUUCAGCAUGUCCAGGUCUUGCCCACCUGUAGUGGCCAAAGAGAAACAUGAAGGUCAGCAUGUCUUACCCCUUUUAAUGACGGUCUUCCUGGAAAACCCACUCCAGUACCUCAUAAUGUUGAUAACUUUUUUGAAUUCCCAUCUUGACUGUCUGUCAUGAUAAUGCCAUAUACCUGUCUGGAUUGACUGUUAAUGAGUGUGUUAGGGUAGCAGACGGUGUUGAAUCUUCAAGUCAUUCGCUGUAUUGUCAAGAGUUGAAUAAAGUUCCACAUUGAACAUUUUACUUAUUUUUUAGUAGAAGUGACUAGAGGCUUCAGAGAACAGUGUCUUUAGUCUAGGUUAGAAGAGCAAUGCCUUCUCUAUCCCAUGCUUUCCUUCACUGCCUGUCUUGAAAUAACCAGGACCGUUUUGAAUUGGUGUUUCUUUGAGAACAACUCCACAGUCAUCUGAAGAGUGUGGAAAGAAGAGCUCAGGGAAUUUAAGAGCUAAUUCUUCAGUCUGACAACUGGGCAACAGUGCUCUAAGGAAACUCCCAGGACUAUGAUUUCAAGCUUCAUUGUUGAUCAAAAGUUUAACCCCCUUGAGAUGAA